GGCUCUGUGGAUCGCUAUGCAGGGCUCCUUUGUUAGUGAGAGCAGCCUGUGUGCGUAACGUCGGCCGCUUCUCCUGCCCAUCGUGUGGGGGAGGGUCAUCACAGCCCUCCCCAGGCUCAUUUCCCCCUAUCUGAGAUGCAGAGCCCAGACAUGCUAAGGUGAGGCCAAGAAGGGCUGCAGGGAGGCUGAUCCCGCAGCGCACUCCGCAUUUGGAACCCCCAGGACCCGCGCUCCUCGCCCCCUGGAUGCCGGCCCCGGACCUGCCCCCUCUGGAGCACCCCCUGCCUGUCUGGAUCCCCGGAUUGUUGUGUCUUCACAUGGCUCUGUCUUUAUUGCGGCAGCUCUGGCAGCAGAAAGAUGUCGUCAUCACUUUUGUGCUGCCUCUUCUCUUCCUUCCUCUGCCAUUGAUAGCACAGACCAAGGAAGCAGCAUGUGCGUACAUCUUACUGGUCACCGCCACGUUCUGGAUCUCGGAGGCCAUACCCCUGGGCGCUGCCGCUUUGGUUCCGGCGUUCUUGUUCCCUCUCUUCAGUGUUAUGAAAUCGAGUGAGGUGGCGUCGGAAUACUUCAAAGACAUCCACCUUCUUCUGUUUGGAGUAGUGUGUUUGGCGACGUCCAUUCAGAAAUGGAAUCUACACAAGAGAAUAGCACUUUGGAUGGUUCUGUCUGUAGGAAGCCAGCCCAGCUGGCUUUUGUUGGGUUUUAUGAGCUGCACGUCUCUGCUGUCCAUGUGGUUAAGCAAUACUUCCACCGCAGCCAUGGUCAUGCCUAUUGUGGAUGCAGUGCUCUAUCAACUAAACAGCGCUACUCCAGAGGAGAAGGCUUUGACUAACAGCAAGACGAGCACACGGGAGAACAAUGAAGAUUCUACAAAGAUUGAUUUGGCCUCUUUUCCAGAAAGCAAUAAUAUUUUGGAUAACGGCGAAGCAAAGACAGAAGAAAGUGAGGAAGAGCCAACGUUUGAAAGCCGGAGAUAUUCAAAACAGGGCAAAUCUGGCCGAUUCUAUAGAACUAAACGCGAUCACAUGAUGUGCAAAGCCUUUUCUCUGGGCAUCGCUUAUUCUUCAACCAUUGGUGGGAUGUCCACGUUAACAGGAACGUCCACCAACCUUAUAUUUAUUGAACAAUUCGAAACACGUUAUCCUGAGUGCCAGUUUGUGAAUUUCGGGUCCUGGAUUGCCUUCUCGUUCCCCAUUGCCUUCAUCAUCUUGAUAUUUUCCUGGAUGUGGAUCACGUGGCUUUUCCUUGAAUUUAGCUUCAAAGAAAUGUGUUGCUGUGGAAAAUCCAAAUCUCCAGUUGACAAAGACUCUAGAAAGAUUUUAAGGCAAGAAUAUGAAAAAUUAGGACCUUUAAGUUAUCAAGAGGUCGUGACUCUCAUCAUUUUCUUAUUGAUGGCCUUGUCGUGGUUCACAAGGGAUCCUGGAUUUAUCCCAGGUUGGGAUUCACUAUUUGGACUGAAAGGGUACAAAUCCGACGCUACCUCUGCCAUUCUCUUUGGCUUUUUAUUAUUUAUUAUCCCCGGAAAGAAGCCCAGCUGGCUGCGUUGCGGAUCAGGAGAAAAGUCCAGAGUUUCCCCUGUGACGGAAUCGACUCCUAUGAUUACCUGGAAGGAGUUUGAAGAAUGUAUACCCUGGCAUAUUGUUGUCUUGGUUGGUGGUGGCUUUGCUCUUGCCAAAGGAUGUGAAGUGUCUGGGCUUUCUACAUGGGUCGGCCACAAGAUGGAACCUCUGAGCAGUCUGCCGGUUUGGGUCAUUGUUCUAAUUGUCUGUCUGAUGGUGACAACAGUGACCGAAGUGGCAAGCAACCCUGCUACCAUUACCAUAUUUCAGCCAAUCCUUUCUUCACUGGCUGAAGGAAUAGGUGUGAAUCCACUUCUAGUCAUCAUUCCUGCUACAAUAAGUGCCUCCUGUGCUUUCCUUUUGCCUGUUGCAAACCCCCCCAAUGCUAUUGUCUUCUCCUAUGGACACCUCAGUGUUCCAGACAUGAUAAAAGCAGGACUGGGGACGAACCUCAUCAGCAUGAUAACCUUGUGGUUUGCACUUUACACGUGGGGAAUACCUAUGUUUGAUCUAAGCAGGUUUCCCGAUUGGGCAUUACAUAACAGCACGUCAUCGAUCGCCGCACCUUGAAGGCAUUUCCCUAACCGUCAUAGAAAAAGGAA